AUGGAAUAUUUCUUGAAGAACUAUGGCACGAAUAUCAAUGCUCCGAUUUCUUCUUCUCUGUUUAACAUUAACAAUAAUAUCAUGCAUGCACUUAUUUUUCAAUUGCAAAGAAACAAAAGAUGAAGUUCGGAAUGUUCCUUUACAUUCUCAAGAAAGUGAAGCUAUGAACAAAGACGUUUUUAUACCCAAUAUCCCUAUACAUAAAAAUGAUACACAUGAGUUAGCAGACGAUACUAAUAACCCACAUAAGCUCGCUGUUAUUAUUCCUUUUCGAGAAAGGUUUGAUGAGUUGAUGGAAUUUGCACCAUGGAUACACAUUUUUUUAACUAAUCAGGGUGUUCGACAUAAAAUUGUUGUUGUUAAUCAAGUUGAUAUUCAUAGAUUUAACCGAGCUUCUCUCAUCAAUAUCGGUUUUAUCAAGUCAAGAGGUGAAUGUGAUUAUAUGGUGAUGCAUGAUGUUGAUUUGCUACCUAAUAAUCCUGAUCUAAAGUACACUUUUCCAGAAAAGGGGGUACAUCAUCUAGCAUCUCCAGACAUCCAUCCUAUAUAUCAUUAUGCUAAAUAUGUCGGUGGAGUAUUAAUGUUGAAAAUGUCUGAUUUUGCAUUGUGCAAAGGAAUGUCAAAUAUAUUCUGGGGAUGGGGGAGAGAAGAUGAUGAAUUUUUUAUGAGAAUGAAAGAGAAUAAUUUACAGCUGCUCAGGCCAACAGGAAUCACCACUGGUUAUAACACUUUCAAACAUAUCCACGAUAAAGUUAAGAGACCAAGAGAUUAUAAAAGAUAUGGAUCACAAAAACAGGUGCAAUUCAAAAGAGAUACUCAAACCGGUGUUGAUACUGUGCAAUACAAACUAGCUUCACAAAAAGAUAUAACAAUUGAUGGUGCUCCUGUCACAGUGUAUAAUGUAGAGUUACUAUGUGAUAUCACUAAAACACCCUGGUGCGAUCAUGAUAAGCCUAAAUGAGUAUCAUAGCUCGUCACAGAAUUAAUUUAGAUAUUUAGUAUUACUUCAAGCAUUUAUUUUAUAUUAUCAUAUAUUUUUAAUUAUUGAAGCUGCUGUAACUGUAGUUUUUUUUUCUGGCUUCUCCCGUGCCACAGAUCAUGUUUUUAUAUUAUGCCUAACUAAGAAAUGUAUACUUAUCUAUGCUAUUCUAACUUAUUCAUAUCUCAUUCUCUGUUGUUUGGCCAGUGCGAAGUUUGAAUACCAAGAGUUUAGUGAG